GCGGAAGUGGCUGACGCUGUGGAGCAGCGCCAAAAACUGGCUCGAGUCGCUGUCAAAUGGCAAACGGUGGCAACAGUCGCAAGCAGCGGUUUUUUUUCUCCACAGAUACCUUUGAGCACAAUGAAGUCAGACCCGUGGCCGCAGUUGUGGGCCAGCAGUUGGCGCUGCAUGCUUACCGCCUGCUUACCCCUCCUGCUGCUGCUAAUGUGCAGCGGGCAGGCAGUGGCCCAAUCCAAUUACGUACAACAUGGCGAUAGCGGCAACUAUUCUACAAACGGACUGCCAGAGGAAGCGACUCUGGAUGGCAAAGUUACCAAACUGGACGACAUCAGUCCCUUGAUAUUUUUAAAUCGAACCAAAGCCGCACUCAACUGUGCCGCAGGCUCAAUGCAAGUUGAUCUCAAAUUCAAUGAUCCGUUCCAUGGCAUCAUCCAGGCCGACUACGAUCGCAGCAGCGCCUGCCGCGUCAGUGGCAAAGGUGCACUCAGUUAUCGCCUGGAGCUGCCGCUCAAGGGUUGUGGCACAAUCCAGAAUCCUACACGCGUCUUUACCAACAACAUCAUUGUGCGCUUCCAUGCCAACUUGGAGAUGGAUGGCGAUGAGAUCAUCACAAUUGUUUGCCGCUACCCGCCACCAGUGCCUUCACUGCCACCAGCACUGCCAGCGCCCAUAUUGAAUCCUAUUGCAACUGGUGCUGUACUUCAGCCCCCGCUGAAGGGCAUACAGAUAUUGAUGAUCAUCUGUGCGAUAAUGUUCCUCACCCUGCUGUUGUUGGGUUUGGCCGUCUCCUACUAUUGUCUGCGCAGCCGACCCAUUCCAGUGGUACGAAGAUUGCCCAUGAGCAUGGGCAGCGGCUCCGAGAUUACCAAGCUGAGCGGCAGCAGUGCUGGUAAUAUUAGCGCCUUUGAGGGCGUCAAAAUACCGCGUGCCCAUGCCGCACUGCAGGCCGUUUACAGUUCGUCGGGUAGCGAGGGUGCGUUGAUACCAUCGGAUUACCCAAGUGAAUCGCAUUCGGAGAUCGAGGAGAUUGACACACGAUCACUGCCAUUUAGCUCUGCGGGCAGCUUUGAGAAUCGCGCCUUUGUCCAAGAGACGUCGAGCAUCUACAGCGAUCACUAUGCACCUGCACAGGAAAUCCCAGUGGCCAAUGCAAUGAUGACUACCGUAAUGCGACAUAAUACGCCCAUACAGGAAGCGGUCGCCGGUUCGCCCAAGUUUGAUGUACAGGUGCGCGUCAAGAAGUCACCACCGCCGAUUCCAUCGCCCGUCACCUCGGAUACGGAGAGCGUGGCAACGUUGCGUACGGAUCGCAAUAAUCUGUCCACCAUCAUGGAAGCGUACGAGGAUCGAGAGAGUGUGAUGACAAUGGACUCGCUGCCGCCGCAAGUGGAGACGAUGCAGUCGCAGUUUACGUAUGUGCCUGAACUGCAUCCGGCACCGCAGAUGCCACAACAGACACAACCCUUGCCACUGGUUGCCGAGCCCAAGUUUUCGGUGUAUACGCGAACGCAUCACGAGGUCGUCGAUGGUCGUCCGGAGACAUGGUCGGACUACACCGACGGACCCGCGCCCAGCGAGAUAACCGAUCUAUCUUCCGAGAUAUCCGACAGAGUGGUACAUGACACCAAUCGUGCUGUGGACACCAUGCACUACUACGAGGAUGAAUAUGUGCCAGUAGAUGCGGUAGUGUCCCAGCCCCAACCGCUGCCAGUCACAUCGCACAUGGUGGACGAUAUCUAUUUGCGUACGGUGACGGAGAAGAAGACCAUCGAGGACAUUGAGAGCCACAAGCGACGCGUAACCGAAUACAAGAGUAAGGCGAAGGCACCACUGCCACCACCACCGGCACCGCCAAUAGUUGAUCCCAAGUUCGAUGUGAAGGUACGCAAAUAUCCGAGCGAGCGCGAGCAACAGCAAUGGGAGAACUUCUCCGAUAUCUCCAGUGCUUCCGGCCUGACGCUGACGCCCAAGAUGGAGCGCAGCGAGUUGAGUUUGGCGCCACCAGCGGAGCCGCCGGCACAGAUACAUGACAACAAGCUGAAGUUGACCAGUCCUGAGCUGGUUGGCAAUAUGAAACCGAUUGAGGUGCCGCCCCAGGACAAGGAUGUGCCCAAUUGGGAUGUCCUCAUACGCAUUCUGGAGGAGCCGGAGCUAUCCGAAAUUGGUGACGAUGUCAGCUCGGUGCACAACAACAUCAGCUAUGACGAUAGGGCCAAAUGGAAGGAGAUCAUUACCACCCAAUCUUCCCUACGCACCAUGCUCACUGAGGCAGUGGUCCGUGAGGACUUCGAACGCAUUCGCCAGGACACCCGCUAUGAGCGUAUGUUCGAGCCGCAAACCUGGGACGUCAUCAUACGCAUCCUGGCUCCGCCCAGCGACGAUGACGAAGACACAGAUGUGGAAAUGCGUACACCCAAGCGAGGCAAGAAGUCCGCCCCGCAGCCAUGGGAUACCCGUUCCCGACGCAGCUCCCUGCCCACGCUGUAUGAGUACGAUAGCGAUGGUGGCUCCAGCGUCCGAACCAUACGCAACGAUCCCACACUGCCGCUGCAUGUGGGUGGUGUUGGUGGUGCCGGUGCCGUACCGGGCGCAUUUAAUAUGCAGAGAUCGCGACGCAGCUCCCGAACAUCCUAUCAGACGGACCACAACGACUUCCGUUCGAUGUCCGAAGUGACGGUUGACUUUGGCCGACCACAGCCCGAUCAUUUGGACAAUGUGAGCGAUGCCAGCUCGUAUUAUCGCAUGCAGUACUAUGAUGAUGAGGAUCGCCGCUCGUUCCAUCGCUCCAUUAGCCAUCCAUCGUUGGCACGAUCCGCCAGCGAGUUCACCGAGCAUUGGACAGCACCCGACGAUGUUGAGAUCUCAUCACCAGAAGGCACACCUCGCGCACACCGCGCCCGUCAUCAGCAGCCAGCUCAGCUCGGUGCUUUGGUGCCAGCUGAGGAGCGUAUUGUGGCGCAGACGCAAAGUGAAUAUGUGGAGACCCAUCGAAGCAUCUACCAGGCCGGUGGUAAACCGUUGCCCCCGCCGCCACCGCGCAAGUGGUAGGCGCCUACACGCAAUCCUCCUUGUAUAACGAGUCAAGAUUUCUUUUUUUUUGCAAAUAUUCGACUAAAACUACACAGCUCACGCACAAACACACAAACUAGCGCGAUCAAACGCUUCGGGGAAUGGUUAUAAAUACUUAGUUUCGAAAUAUAAUACAAUACACACAGAUAUUGCUUUGACAAAUCUCUCGAUGUUGGCGUAAUUUCUUUAACUGAUUUAACUUUAUCAAUAAUAUGGCUUUUCUUGACAAACAGCAACUCGGAGACUCUAGCUACCAAUCAAUCUAUCUAUUAAAAAAUGCGUUGAAUCACUUAAUGAAACACCCCAAUUAUAUAUACACAUAAUACUAUACUAACAAAAGUGCCAAUUACAAUUGCCUGAAAAAAUGUUCACACACACACACACACACACACACACAGUUUGCACAGUUAGUAAUAGAACAAAAAAAAAAAAAAAAAUUGAAAGGAAAAUUGAUAUUAAAUAAUGGAAAGACACUUGUAAAGUCCUUUGUCCUGUGCCCUUUUUUUGUUUUAUCAAAUACAUUAAAGCGCAUUCAACUACAGUCAGCUUAACAUCGUAAGCUCAUAGAAUAUAUUUUUGUAGUGCAUUAACUAUGUAUGUAUGUAUGUAUGUAUGUAUGUAUGUAUCUCUAAUUUGCAUUAGACAAUAUGCUGCCUAUUUCUAUUAACUAUUAUGGAAUUCAAUUCGAUUUUGAUUAAUUUUGUCAUGAAAUGUACAAAAGUACUUAUGUUAUGAAAAAACUAAUCAAUAAUCAGAAAUCGAUCCAAAUAAACUAACUCAAUUUUGAUUAUAACAUUCCUAACUGCCACCAAGACACAAAGAGACAGGCGAAAUGUAAAAGACUUGUACUCGAUCACAUUAAUGUAGUAAUUGUGGAUGGAUCACAGGUUUUAAAGUAUUACUAGAAAAUAUCAAGGACCACAACAUAUACUCGUACAUGCAAAUAAUUGGGUUAUGGCAUUUCCAAUACUUGGCACAAAUUUCAAAUUGUUGCAAGCACAUGCUAUGUUUCCUAAUUGAACAUACAUACUACGACAGAAUCAGUACAUGUGGCUUCCAGUGUUUCCUGCUUUUGGGAUUCUCAAACAUAUAUAAAUGAUAUAUUUUUUAGUUUUUUUUUUUUUAAUAUACGAUAUAUGUUGAAAAGUCGCUUACAGCUUUUCAUGAAUAAUAUGAACUAAUCCGUCCAAGAUAAAUGCAUAUUUGAUAAUAUUAUUUACAUUAAUAACAUAAAAGAAAUGCUUGCUUCGGGUUGCCGAAGAUCAAAUACCCUUGCACUGCGAAAUGUACUAGAAUCGCGUUAAGUGCAGUUAAAUUUGUAAGCAAAAUGGUUUGUUAUUUAUAAAAUUAGUCCGAUUUCGAAAGUAUUUUAUAAAAUUGCACAGAAAAGAACUUGACUGCACUUAAAGAAUACAAACAUCUUGGAUUGAUCAGGCAUAUGUGCAAUGGAAUUCUCUUUUCAAUGCUUCAUUCUGCAAGGGUAUCGAAGUACAUAUAAAUGAAUGAUGCGAGUUAUAUGUUCAUUACCGUAGUAUAUUGAAAGCAUAUCAAUUAAUUAAACAAAAUGCUACUUUAUCCAA